AUGCAGCCGAUCAGUUGGCUGCUCUCAUUCACUGGCUUUCACCGGCAAGAUGCCUGGCACGAGCGACCGGUGCCAGGAUCACCUGGCAUCAAACGGCGGCGCCGGACUUUGACUUCGCCUGAUGAUGAUGAUGGAAAUGGUGAUGCAAAAGAGGUUGACAAGGCGCAAAAAUCAAAUUCCUCCUUCGAGGAGGAGACGGCUAUCACCAAGGUCUUGAAGUCGGUGGACCCGAGUCUGCUUGAUGACAGCCCUGGUGGUGUCAAUGCCUUGACCAGAAAAGGCACAAUCUUGAUGACCAUGUGCAGUUGUCUCGGAUUUCAUGCUCUCCGCUUGAUCCUGCGUGAUGCCUUCUUCAGAUCGGCCUCUUCAACUCGUCCCAAUACUCUUCUCAAGCGCAAGGUUGCUGAGCAUUAUCUGCUAUCCGCAAUCCAUGCAUUUGGGUGUUCGUACUUCAGCCUCCGGAAGUUCUUGAGUGGGCGCUGGAACUCGCCUGUGGGUUCCGAGGCCAUGCUUUGCUUCUCUUUGGGAUAUACAAGUUACACUCUUUGCGCCCUGAAAACUCAACUUUUGUCCGAUCCACUCUGGGCACUCAAUGAACUCGGCAAUUUCGUGAAGAUUUGGUCUUGCUUGCGUGCACAGGGUGUGGGCUGGGUUGUCCCCAUGCUGUUCUCUGCGGAGGUCCCUACAGCCUUCUUGGAUACGCUCCGCAUGUUGGCAGAGUUCGGGAUUCAGCCAUCGCACAUUGUUUGGCGCAUGUUCCUAGGAGCCUUCACCCUCAGCUUUGUCUCAGUGAAGGCGAUUGCCCUGCCGGCGAUUCUGGGAUACUUUGUUCUUCGUCCACAAGACUAUCCAGAACUGCAUCAGCCAGCUUUCUUGCCAGCGAAGCUCGCCAUACUUGCGAGAGCUUUCCUGAACUACCUCUGGUUAAGCAUCGUGGCACGUCAUUGGGUUCCGACGCGACAUUUCCACCCGGAAGGUGAAUACCUGAUCUCGCGGAGAGAAGAGCGGCUCCCCCGCCUCCGAGAGAUUACCCCCAACAUGGGACAGGUGAUCCAGCAUAUCCGGAAGGCCUACAAUCCAAUGAGCCUCCUAUUCUUCUCUGUGCUGCAAGGCUGCUACUUCGUUGGCCCUGCAGCAAUUCCAGCCAUUCUCUACGCAUUGGCUCGGAGACCGAAGUAUCGCAUGGCCGCUGGUUCCGUGCUGGCAAUGCUCGGCAUCAUGGCAGUGUGGCCGAUGCACAUGGAGCGGCCCUACCGGACCGCAUCCACACCCAUGGCGGCUCUUCUUCAAAAGUGGUUGCGCGAGCGGCUCUUGCGAUAUUUCUCUUUCAAGGCGAUCUUUGAGGAGCCUCUACAGAAGGAUCGCAGGUACAUGCUGGCGGUGAUGCCACAUGGUGUGAUCCCAUUCGCAAGUACAUGCUUGUCCAUUGCCCUUGAGAAGGAAGGCUUUGUGCCUAACAGCAUUGGCGCAGACAUCCUGUUCCAGAUUCCGCUUUUGAGGCAGCUAUGCCGAUUUGGAGGGCUUGUUCCAGCCACACCGCAGUCGAUUAAACGGGCCUUGACUUGGCCUUAUCCCAACAACGUGACCUUCAUUGUUCCAGGAGGGAUUGCGGAGAUCUUCUUGAUGCGUCCUGACUUGGAGCAGGUCUUCAUCAAGAGCCGUAAGGGCUUCGUUCGUCUGGCCCUUCAGUCUGGCGUGGACAUUGUGCCGGUCUAUGGCCUGGGGCAUACGCAACUCUUCACCAUGUUGGAUAAGUCCUCGGCCUUGGGUGGCUUCUUGAUGCGCAUGAGCCGCCGAUUCAAGGUUUCCUUGCCUUUAAGUUACGGCCGGCUUGGAAUGCCGUUGGUCCCCUAUUCCAAGCCAAUCGCUGCCCUUGUGGGCAAACCCAUACGCAUCGAAAAAGCCUACUCCAACCCACCUGAAGAGUUGGUGAAUGACAUUCAUGCGCAGUUCAUCGCAGAACUGCAACGAAUAUUUGAGAAGCACAAAGGCAUCGUACCGGGGUAUGAGCAUAAGCAGCUCUACUUGGAGGAUGAAGCGGUGCCACCGCUUCAGAAGGACGCCAUGGCUACCGACGUACUGUUCCCGAGCAGCAUGCCGGAUCCGAAGGGCCAGGUGGAGAUGGCGGCGCAAUAUGCCAACAAUGAGAUGCAUAUGUUUUUUUGGGCGAUAUGUGGCAUCGCGCUGACUCUUCUGUCGGCUUGUUGGCCCGCCUUCGUGACCAAAGAAGGUGCGGGAGGAGUGGGCGGGUACUGUGAAGAGGACCUCCAAGAGAUUUUCGGGAGCUUCAUUCUGGUGGUCUUUUUUGCGCUCUUGGUGGGCUUGGCGGCUGUGCCCUUCUGUGUGAAGGUGGGCUCUGGAGGUUCAGCACACAUGUGUUCAACUGCAGGGUUUCUCAUCUUCAAUUGGAUACAGGGAUUGAUCGUAGCAGUCUUACUGUCCAUGAAGCAGAGCAAGUUGUGGGAGAAAAGGCUGGGAGAUGGAUUUGGACCCGCAGAGAGCUUCGUGGCUGCACUCCGGUGUUGGAUGAUUGGGAUCGAGAUUCUAUGGAUCCAAAGCUUAGGUCUUCACCGAGUGCAUAUUCUUGAAAGGGCCUCGCAUGGACCUGAGUCUCCUCGAUGCUGGAAGCUAAAGAUGCUCUCCAUACUCGGGAAGGUGCUGGUUUUUUGCCUGGCAUUCUGGGUCCCUGCGCUGGUCAUAUGGCGGAUCUUCCAAGAGGAGAGCUACCAUGCAGUUUUGGCUCAUUUGAACAUCCCCAGCCCUGCUGUGAUGUAUCCACCCAUCGUGAUCGCCGUGGUGACGCUGCUGGCGUUUCAACUGAUCCUGCUCUCCACCUUCUGCUCAGCCAGGCGCCACCUUUCGCGAGCUGAGCCCAAAGGUCACCACGACUGCAGCGAAGCUUGCCGCGAUGCAUUCAAGAAUGCUCGCCUGUCAGUCUUCCGGCAGUUUGUGGGACUUCUGUUGGCUAUCUUUACUAGUGACAUCCUGGCACCAGCAGGGCUGGCAAUCAUUCAGUUUACUGAAGCACAGUGUCAUCCCUUGGAGGGUCUUCUCUUGUAUUGCGGAGUUCCUAUUCAAAUCAUGAACUUGCUUGCCAACUUGUGUGGUGCCUGGUUUCUCUCCAAUGCACACCAGGCUACAAGCUUUCUUGAACGACAGCCGAUGGGCUUUUGGCGACUCCUCAGUCGAAGCAGCUCGGUACUUCCCAAUACAGAUCUUGCAUGGAGGGCUAAAGUGGAAGAGUUGUCGACCAGAGGCAUUUCAGCAACCACGCUCUUGUCCUUCUACAAGCAGCUGGGUACGUCGCUGAUGUCCCACUACGAUCCUUCGGUGCACACCACUUGUGACGUGGUGCGCCAGGCAAUUAUCCCUGCGACGAAGGCGCAACGCUGCGCCUACUCGACACUUGUGGGCGAGCAGAAGCCUCAGAAGAUGGUGACCCAUUCUUGGCAGAAUCUCUUCAGAGAUUUGGUUGCGGCCGUCAUUGCGGACGCAGUGAAUGAGCCCGCCUUUGAGCUGGUUGCCCACUUGCUGGACGAGAACAUUGACAUUGUAGAAGACCUCCUACGCUCGCAAGGAACUGGCGGCAGGGUCUACUGGAUUUGUGCUUUCGCUGUGAAUCAACAUCUGGGGAUUUGUGAAACUCCUAACGAUGGAUGCGACUCAGUUACCAAGCUGCCCUACACCGCCUGCGAUUGCCACCUGCAGAAGCAGUUCAACACGACGGCGCCCUUGACAUCCACUGGCCGCAGUAUAGCCUGCGAAAUGAACAAGUUUGAUGACAUGAUGGCUUUUCUGGCAUCUAGCGAUUCGGACUUCUCCCAGGUAGUGGCAGUGGAUCGUUCCUUCAACCUCUUUCAUCGAGCUUGGUGCGUUGCGGAGCUGGUGCAAGCACGGCAGAUGGAACUCCUGCAGCAUGUGAAAAUUCACUCGAAGGCGGUGUUACAAGAACACGCCGCGAGUUUGCAUGAUCUUCAUGUGGAAAACAUGAAAGCCUCCAGACAGGAAGAUGUACAGGAAAUCCUGUCGAAAAUCCCUAAUACCGAGCAGUUCAAUCGAUCCUUGCAAAAGCUCGUUCUCGAUCAGAAGUCUGGACUCCUGUCCGACUGGCACCAGUUAGAUGCUGCUCACCAGAUGCAGGAGACUGGUGCUCUAUUGAAAUGGGCGGCUGCUGAUGCCGAAAGGGGGGUCGUUUGGAAAUUUUGGGCCAGAUGA